UCAAUGACAAUUCACCAAUUGGAGGGAAACACUCUUUUGUGUACAUGCCGACUUUACGUGUUACAGUUUCAAAUUAGACAUUGUCCCGUUCUGAGUAAGAAAAAAAACCAUCGGAGAACAAUAACGAAUCACGUUGAAAUCAGCGCGAGAAGAGAAUAAAAGCAACAACCGACGAUGGCAGAAGCAAAGUUUAAAGACGGUGAACGGGUGCUUUGUUACCACGGAGAACAGUUGUACGAAGCCAAGGUGUUGAAGGCAAAAUAUGCCCACGAUGGCCCAAUGAAAUAUUUCAUACAUUACGACGGCUGGAAUAAAGGCUGGGAUGAAUGGGUCGCUGAUACCGAAGGACGUAUACUCAAAUACAGUGACGAAUUGAGCUUAAUCCAUAAUACAAAAAUCAAGAAGAACAAAAAAGUGUCAAAGCCAAAGGGCAAACCGAAAGCGACUGUAAUAAGCACAAAACCGCCAAUUAGUUUAUCCAGUACUCUGGCCAACACAUUGACAAUUCGAAAACGUGGCCGACCAUCGAAAUCAACACCACCCGCCAAUACACGGAAGAGAAAACGAGACAGCUCCGGAGACAUGGAACCAAGAAAAAUUCCAGAUUCAUGGGCGAAUAUAACGCAACAGUCACAUAUAAAAAUCCCAAUUCCCGAAGAGUUAAAGGUAUGGCUCGUAGAAGAUUGGUAUGCAAUUAGCCGAAAAAAGAAACUUUUGGAAAUUCCGGCCAAAGAGACCGUCAAAGGAAUAAUCGAUUCAUACGUUCGUGACAAAAAGUCAUCAUCGUCGUUUUGUUCAACGAGAGAACCGGUAUUUUUGGAUGUGAUGUACGGUUUGGUAUCAUAUUUCAAUGUAAUGCUUGGACCGCAAUUGCUGAAUAGACAAGAACGAUCCCAAUACGCUGAGAUCCGGAAAAAGUACCCAGAUAAACCGUUGGCCGAACUCUAUGGAUCAUUCCAUUUGUUACGUUUAUUUGUACCGCUUGGAUUUCUACUGGCUCGCGCACCACUCGAUCAAAAAGAUAUCCAAUGUCUGUUGGAACAUAUUCAAGAUUUUUUCAAGUAUUUAAUUGAACAUAUCGGCAAAUAUUUUAGCAUGGAUCAAUUUGUUAAUCGUACACCAGAGCAUACACGAAGAUCAAAAUUAAUUUAGGCAGGGAAAUUAAUGUGACCGUUGCUAUUUGAGCAACAUCUACUUGUUUAGACAUUUUUUCAUCAAAAAUCAAAUCAAAUCUGAAUAAAAUCACCUCUUAAUUCAAAUAAAGUU